AUGGCGACUCUGACAGCGAACCCAACGUCUGUCUUGGGCUUGGAUCGCCCUAUUCAAGACACUUUCCCUGAUGGAUUUGCACAAAAUGGCGGCCGAAUCUCUACCAACCAUGUUGGGAUGCUUCGUCCCACACCGGCAUCGCUGCCCAUUGAGGAAAUGAGAGAACGACUCAAGCAGGAUGGAUAUCUUUUCGUGAAGGGACUUCUUCCUAGAGAGGACGUCCUGGAUGCAAGAGAGCACUAUUUUAAUCAAUAUUCGGGCACUUCAUUAUUGGAACCAGGGACAUCUCCUCGGGACGGCAUUUUCAACAAAUCCUCUCAUCCCGACGCGCACAAAGGCAUUGGCGGGGAAGGCUUACCUGUCGAUCCAGCUGAAGAGAAGAUUCUGGUUGAUGCCCAUAAAGAAUCAGAGUACCGCGCUUUUAUAGAGCAUCCUGCCCUGACCAAGUUCAUCAGAGAAUUCAUGGAGUGGAAGGAGCAUCGCCUGCUCGAUCGGUCCAUGCUGCGACACAAUGUGCCCUUUGGCAAGGGAACUGGGAUUCAUUAUGAUAAGUUGUUCCUCAGAGCAGGAGAUGGAUUCUUCCUGACUGCCUGGGUUCCAAUCGGUAACUCAAGCUAUUGCACGCCUUUCGAUCGGACUACGCUAAUCACCAUCCUUGCAGGCGAUAUACCAAUCAACGGCGGAGGUCUCUGCUAUUUGGCCAACUCUGUCGGCUUGGGUCGUGCCAUCGAGAAUGACUUCAAUACUCGAGCAGCAGCCAUGACGCAAGAGGAGAGGGUCUCUGCAUUUAAUGUGAACAUGAUGGACGGCGGGAUGAUCGCGUCGUCGCCCCAGCAGCUCCAGGAGAUGCAUUCGGCUUCUGGCUUGCAUGAGUGGCUCAUCACCAACUAUGAAGCUGGGGAUGUUGUCUUCCAUCAUCCAUACAGUAUCCAUGCCAGUGGUCGAAAUGAAGACCAGGAAGGUCGUAUCAGGCUGAGUACGGAUUUGAGGUUCUAUGACAAGGAUGACCAGGGCAUGGACACGCGGUGGUGUAAGAUCUGGACUCCGGGAGAUGGACUGUAA